CGUCAAAAAAACACUAAUUUCCCGCCUUCGCCUUUUAUGUUUAGUAUUGUAUUUGAUUUUCAGUUUUACAUUUAUUUUUUUGUUAAAUAUGAAUUAGAUCAUUCAAUGGUAAAAAGUUGUGAAAAAUUAGUCCAUCAUUGAGUGCAAAAUAGUCUAAAUAGGGAAUUAUUUGUAUUUGUUUUUUUAACUAAAAUGCCUGCUAUUGUUGAAACUGAAGAUAAUAGUGAACAUUCUUCUGCGACACUUACGGAUGAUAAUUUUGACGUUAAGAAAAGGAAUAAUGCAUAUUCUUCAAACCAGCACACUUUGUCAUCUGAAGUCUUUUCAAACACACAUAAAUCUCAUUGCAAUACAAAACAAAUGAGUAUUAAAAAUAUGUUCACUAUGAAGAGGUCCCGAAGUCCGACAAUUAAUGGGGAAAGUAAUCAUAAACAGAAAAAACCUAAAACUAUAGAUAACGUAGAUCAAAAUGAAAAUGAAGGUAAUGUAACAGAAAACAACUGUGGUAAUAAAAUAGUACAAGAAAAUACAAAACUAAAUAGUUUUGAUGACUGCAGUGUUAAUUGUGAUGAUAACACUGAACAAUGUGAUAAUGAUAACACUAUUCAAUGCAUUGAAGGUGCUUCUAAUAGAGACAACAAUAAUGAUAAUAUAAAUAAAUUAAAUCUGCAUACUGAUACACAUCUGAUCUCUGAACUUAAGAGUAAAGAUAAUAUUGCAAAUGUGGAGAAAUGUGACAUCUGUGGGCAGUUUUUAAAUAAUUCUGACAUCAUAUACUUCCAAGGACACCCACAAAAUGCUGUGGAAGAAUUUAUAGCCUUGACAAAUGAAAAGUUAGUUUUAGCCUCUGGUGAAGAAGGUGAUAUUAUGGAAAGACCUCAAACAAACAUAACAGGAUUCUCUAUAUUUGAUGAACAAGGCCAUCUUUGUCCUAUAGAUUGUGGUCUUAUAGAAAAUGAUAUCCGUAUUCAUAUGUCUGGAUAUUUAAAAUCAAUUUGUUCUGAUUCACCAGAUAUUGAUGAGGAAUCUAUCCCUGUAAAAGAUGUGGGACCUAUAAUUGAAUGGUUUAUUCAUGGAUUUGAUGGAGGCCAGAGAAAUUGUAUUACAUUAUCUACUGAAUUUGGGGAAUAUAACUUAUUAAAACCUAAUGAAGAUUACACACCUCUAAUGAAUAACUUAUAUGAAAAAAUUAGACUAAGUAAAAUUGUAGUAGAAUACUUAGAGGAGUAUCAUUACUUACAACCAACUUAUGAGGAUUUACUGGAAGUGCUUAGAGAAGCUACAAUUCCAGAAUGUGAUGAUAAAAAAAUGAGUGAAGAAAUGUUACACAAGCAUGCACAAUUUGUAUGUGACCAAGUAGUUAGUUUAGAAACUGAUGAAGAUGAUGAACCUUUAAUAACAUUACCAUGUAUGAGAGAAUUAAUUAAAUUAAUGGGUAUAAAGUUCGGAAAACGCAAAUAUCGAACAAAAAUAGAUUACAAAAAAAUUGAUAAAAAGGCAUGGACUAGGGCUACUACUACACCAUUAGUGAGAAAAACAUUCGAAAGUUUUUUUACUAAUCAACUGGAUAAGACUAAUCAUGAAUUAGUUCUGAGAAGAAAAAGAUGUGGGGUAUGUGAAGCUUGCCAAUUGCCAGAUUGCGGUGAAUGCAAUGCUUGCAAAGCUAUGGCUAAGUUUGGUGGCCAUGGUCGCACCAAAAAAGCGUGUGUUCGUAGGUUAUGUCCCAAUAUGGCGGUAGAACAAGCUAAUGACUCUGAAUCAGAUGAUGAAGAUGAAUUUGAAAAAAUGGCUGAAAAGAAACAUCAAGAUAAAAUAGAUGAUGUUGUGCCUGUUAAGUUAACUGGAAAUAAUAGGAAAAUCAAAUGGAUUGGUGAACCAAUUAAAGCAGAUGCUACUAAAAUUUAUUAUGAAAAAGUUGAAAUUGAAGAUUCGGAACUUCAAAUAGGAGACUAUGUUAUGGUAGAAACAUCACAACCAAAUAUACCAGCUUUAGUCGCGAGAGUUGUGUAUAUGUGGAAAGAAAUAUUUAAUCCAAAAUUAGGAUUCUUUCAUGGAGAAGUGUUUAUUAGAUCUUCUGAUACAGUUUUAGGAGAAGUAGGUGAUCCCAGAGAGAUAUUUUUAGGAGAUAGAUGUUGUCAUGGAGCUCCUCUUUCUUCAAUCCUAAGAAAAGCCUGUGUUGAAAAACAUCAAACUCCCAGUGAUUGGUUUAAGCUUGGAGGUAAAGAUGUAGUUGAUGACAAUUUUGAAGAUGAUGGUAAAACAUAUUUUUAUAAGAAGUAUUAUGAAAGAUUCACUGCACGUUUUGAAGACCUACCAGAUGAUCCAAAUUGCCCUAAUGAAUUAAGAAAACAUAGAUUUUGUCCCUCGUGUGAACGUAAAACUAAAAGAGAUUCACGAAACAUACCAAAGGUAUCAGGUAAAUUAUUAGAUUCAGAAAUUGUGACAGAAAAUUAUAGAACCGAAUGGACGACAGUUACAUGGCAAAGUCAUGAAUAUAAAAAGGGAGGUGCAGUGUUUUUAAAACCAGGAACAUUUAAGCUGAAAAAUAGUUUCAAUAGCUCAAAUAACAAUAUUAGUCAGAAGUUAGAGAAGGUAGAUGAAGAUAUUUAUCCUGAAUAUUACAGAAAAAGCGACAAUAACUUACGAGGGUCAAAUAUUGAUACAGGUGAACCUUUCUGUGUGGGUUACAUAGCAGCUGUAAUGGCUGGAGGGGACGGACCACUUAUUGUACCGCAAGAUAUUUAUCUUAAAGUUAAUGUAUUGUAUAGACCUGAAAAUACAACUACAAGGUUUCCCCAGCAUGAAGAUCUUAAUCUUGUUUAUUGGAGUGAUGAAAUACGAGAAGUUCCUUUUUCUGCUGUUGUAGGACCCUGUCAUUUGAUUUAUGAACAAAAUAUACCACAAAAUUGCACCUUACAGGAUUGGUUAGAAGCUGAUCCAAUUAGAUUUUACUUCAGAAUGGCAUUCAACAAGGAAUCUGGUCAAUUCAUAGAUAUACCGCAACAUGCAAUGAGCAUUGGUCGUAUCGAUAAAGGAAAAGACAAAGGGAAGGGGAAAGGAAAAUCAAGUAAGCCUAUGAAUGGAAAUAAUACUAAAUUAGAUGAUAUUAAAAUAAGACCAUUAAGAACUUUAGAUGUUUUUGCGGGAUGUGGCGGGUUAUCGGAUGGUCUACACCAAGCUGGCAUAGCAGAGUGCAAGUGGGCUAUAGAAAAUUUAGAAGCUGCAGCACAUGCAUAUUCUCUCAAUAAUAAAAAUUGUAUAGUUUUUAAUGAAGAUUGCAAUGCAUUAUUAAAGGAUGCUAUAGAUGGUGUCACACAUCGCAGUGGAUUGCGCCUUCCCAUGCAGGGCGAAGUGGAACUGUUGUGUGGAGGGCCCCCCUGUCAGGGUUUCUCUGGUAUGAAUAGAUUCAAUUCAAGGGAAUACUCCAAUUUCAAAAAUUCAUUAGUGGCUUCUUAUUUGUCUUAUUGCGAUUAUUAUCGACCAAAAUAUUUCAUCCUAGAAAACGUGCGUAACUUCGUUGCUUUUAAAAAAGGAAUGGUUUUAAAAUUGACACUCAGGGCUUUAUUGGAUAUGGGUUAUCAGUGUACAUUUGGCAUAUUACAAGCAGGAAACUAUGGGGUGCCACAAACUAGGCGGAGAUUAAUAAUUUUAGCAGCAGCGCCGGGAUAUAAAUUGCCUUCAUACCCAGAACCUACACACGUUUUUAGUCGGCGCGCUUGCUCUUUGACCACUACUAUAGACGGAAAAAGGUUCGUUACAAAUAUCCAAUGGGACGACUCAGCUCCUAGAAGAACAUGUACGAUACACGACGCCAUGAGCGAUUUGCCACGCAUAUGUAAUGGAGCUAACAAAAUUGAUAUAGAUUACGGUUCUAUGCCAGAAAGUCAUUUCCAACGCUUAAUAAGAAGUAAGGAUGAAUCAGCAAAAUUGCGAGAUCAUAUUUGUAAAAAUAUGGCCCCACUGAUACAAGCAAGGAUAUCUAGAAUUCCCACCACUGCAGGAUCAGACUGGAGAGAUCUACCAAACAUAUCAGUAACAUUAUCUGAUGGGAGCAAAUGUAAGGUGUUGCAGUAUCGCUAUGAAGACAAGAAGAACGGACAAUCUCGCAGUGGCGCCCUGCGCGGCGUGUGCGCGUGCGCAGCCGGCGGCGGUUGUUCAUCCGCCGACAAGCAGGAACACACGCUCAUACCCUGGUGCCUGCCGCACACGGCCAACCGCCACAACAACUGGGCUGGACUCUAUGGGCGGCUGUCAUGGGACGGGUACUUUAGCACGACGGUAACCGACCCCGAGCCGAUGGGGAAGCAAGGCCGUGUGCUGCAUCCCGAUCAGCCCCGUGUAGUAUCCGUGCGGGAAUGCGCACGUUCACAGGGCUUCCGUGACACAUACCUCUUCGUUGGCUCCGUGCUCGACAAACAUCGACAGGUCGGCAAUGCAGUGCCCCCACCACUCGGAGCUGCUGUAGGGAGAGAAAUAAAGAAGGCGCUAACUAGGACUUUGAACAAAAAUCAAGCCUAAAUAUAUUUUAUUACAUCAUUAUAUAUUUUUAUGAACACAUCAAAAUAAAUCAUG